GUUAUUUUCAUUCUCUGUUUCUCAGACCUUUUCCUGUAGAUGGGAACGGGGGAAGGAGCCCAGACGUGGCAACACAUUCUCAGGCUCCUGCAGGACCACCAUGGCUUAUGAUGACUCCAAGAAGAAAGAAGACUUCCUAGAGAGUGACCGAAGUGUUGAUGACGUGGGGCUGGCAACUGGCAGGAUACAGCGAGAGAAAAAGCGCUCUUACAAGGAUCUGCUGCAAGAAGAAAACGAGAUAGCAACUCAGGUCAGGAAGCCCUCAGAGAAAAGGUUGAAGGACAGUGAGCUUUUUCCAGGGACAGAACCUCACAAAAAGAAGAGAAAGCACUCCUCCGAUGAGUUCUGCUACAGAGGUGUUUCGCCUUUGGAUCUACCAUCAAAGAAGAAGAAAAAAGCAGUUUCUAGCCCAUCGUCAGCUGAUACAACCAUGGAUUUACUCAAGGCUAUCACCUCACCUUUGGCCACAAGCUCAAAGUCUUCAAAGAAGAUGUCUGAAAAAUCAUCUUAUUCUUCCUCUGGCCAUUCUGAAAGCAAAAAGGAGCACCACAAGAAGAAGCUGAGUGGGAGCAGUGGGGAGCACUCAGUGGACGAUGGCAGUUUCCACAAAUCUAAAAAAAUGAAACCUCUCUAUGUGAACACAGAGACACUUACUCUUCGUGAACCUGAUGGCUUGAAGAUGAAGCUGAUCCUUUCACCGAAAGAGAAAAGUAGUGCAGCAGAUGAUGAUUCUUUCUCCUACUCUUCAGCACCAGCAGCUGCAAAGAAAUCUUUGAAGAAAUCAGCUCGAGAUGAGCAAGGCUCAUUCCUGCUGGGUCAUGAACUGCAGAGCUUCCUGAAGUCAUCCCGGAAGAAGCACAAACCACCUCCGGACCCACAUUCAGCUUCUCAGAGUGUUGGUGCUGACACCUCCCUUUUUUCAGAGGGCCAUGGGAGUGAGUAUGAGAUUUCGGGUAUGGAGGCACCACCAGAAUCUGGUUCCUCUUCGGGUGGGGAGUUGGAGGCUGGAGAGCUAGUGAUAGAUGAUUCCUACCGGGAAAUCAAGAAGAAGAAGAAGUCAAAAAAAAGUAAGAAAAAAAAAGACAAGGAGAAACACAGAGAGAAGAAGCACUCUAAGUCUAAAAAGAGUUCUGGGCAUGCUCCUGUGGCAGUAGCAGAAGUAACAGUGUCACCACCACCUCCUCCCAGUACCCCCUAUGUUCUUCCUCCACCUCCUCCUGCUGUUUUUCACUCAGAUGGUCAAGGCGAGAAGAGGAGGAAAAAGGAAGACAAGGAGAAGGACAAGGAAAGAGGAGAAAAACCAAAGAAGAAAAACAUGUCUGCCUAUCAAGUGUUCUGUAAGGAAUAUCGUACAACUAUUGUGUCUGAGCACCCUGGAAUAGAUUUUGGAGAGCUAAGUAAAAAACUGGCAGAAGUGUGGAAGCAGCUACCUGAGAAGGAUAAACUGAUCUGGAAACAGAAAGCUCAGUAUCUCCAACAUAAGCAGAAUAAAGCAGAGGCAACCACUGUGAAGAGAAAGGCAUCAUCUUCAGAUGGUGCACCAAAAUUAAAAGCUUCUCCAACAGGAGUGAUUUCCCCUCAUAAGAAAUCCCCCACCAGCACCGUGGUGGUUUCUUCCUCACCAGCCAAAGUCCCUGAGACAGAUCCUAUUGAUGUAGCUGCACACUUACAGUUACUGGGUGAAUCUCUGAGCCUCAUUGGACACAGACUGCAGGAAACAGAGGGAAUGGUGGCUGUUUCAGGAAGUUUGUCAGUACUUCUGGAUUCAAUCAUUUGUGCUUUGGGCCCGUUAGCAUGUCUGACCACGCAACUACCUGAGUUGAAUGGCUGCCCUAAGCACGUUUUGUCAAAUACACUAGACAACAUCGCCUACAUCAUGCCUGGACUUUGAUGGGAAAGGAUGCUGGAUGUACUCAACCUCUGCGUAACUGACUUGUGUACAUAUGCACUACGCCGGCACUUCCGAAGGACUCCGAGUGUAGGGUUUUAAAGUUUUAUAUCUGUAUAGUAUAUACAUAGGAUUGUAACUAUUUGACUUCUAUUUUAUGAAAAGUUGUGAAAUUAAGCUGAGAAAACCCUUUUGUGUUGGUGGGUGAAAUGUUCUCCCAUCUGAAAGUAUUUUGUGUGAAGAAUUCAGAAAGCUUUUGAGAUACUCGCCUUAAAUUCAGAUCCUUCAGUGGGGGGAGCAGCCAGAGAAUGGACUUCUCAAUACAAAGAAAAAAACAUCACCGUGAGAGGGGUCAUUGAAACAGGUGGCCCAGAGAGGUUGUUGACUCUCCAUCCUUGAUGAUAUUCAAAAACUGAAUGAGCAGCCUGCUCUAGUUGGACUUUCUUUAAGCAGGGGGAUGGACCAGAUGACCUCCUGAUAUUGCUUCCAACGUGAACUAUUCUGAUAUUCUAUGGGCAGGUAGAGACGAUAAUAUAUUUUGAACCAAGGAAGAGAACUGAACUCUUCACCAGCCCUAUUUCUAACUGUUUUUCAGUUCAAAAUCUACUGCUUGAGGGGAAAGCUGGAUAGCUGAUCAAAGAUACAGAGGUCUUGCCCUCUUGGUCACUUUGUCCAGCCAUGCCCCCCUGCCUUCAUUGAGUAAUGACUGAAAGUUGUCAGUGUCAGCUGGCUGGUCUGGUAGCUGGCAUUUGAAGUAAAGUGAAGAUGGCAAGAAAUUUAAUCUUUCCUUCUGGACUUGCACCCAAACCGUCAUUAGCACGAUAUAUCAACCAACCGCAUUGGCUUGAGAGAAUGAACCUCCUGCUGAUUUUUCCAGGGCAUGGUCAGCCUGCUUUGAUGGAGAGGAGCGUGGAAGCAGAUGGGAAAAAUUUGGAUUGCUUCUGCCCAUCUUGCACCUGUUUUGUGAACAGACAACUUUGGUUUCUGAGAUCACUGAUCCCCCAUCACUUUCACCAGCAGUAUUGAAAGAGCCAUCGUGCUGCUGUGAGGCAGUGACUAAUGACUGGUUUGAAGCAGUUACAGCCAAGUAAGGCACAUGUGGGUUGAUUGGACCGAUUCCCCUUCCUUCCAGCCACAUACUUGGUGUUUGGUUUUCUGCUCCUCUAGAACAGGAGCCACAGGAGAGCACUUGAUUCUCACGUAGGCUUUUGUGUGUCUGUAUGUAUGUGUAUGUGGUGUUCAUAUCAUAUGUAUUUAACUUUUACCAGUAUCUGUAACAGAUUUUAAUUUAUCCUGUAUAUUUCUCUGUGUGUGUGUAUAUAUAUACAUAAUUUAAAAGCAAAAACCCCUCCCUCCACCAACAGUGUGUGGAAAAUAUGUGUCAAGUUUGCCUCACCCCACUUCCUGGAGGAAUCAGCUAUAUGUGUAGUAGUAAGCAUUGGCAUUAUGUGGGGAAACACCAGGAAGAUUUUAAGUGUUUGUAGAAACAGGCUAUCUUGUAAAGGUAGGUAGAACAACUGAAAUAUAAUUUGACUCCAGCCUUUCCAGCCUUAUAACAGAAGUUUUAAAAUGACAGAAGAGCACUUUUUUACUUCCAGUCUGAAGUCUAGCUUCUGUUUUUCAGGGAAGUUGAAAGCGAGAUGUCCCCCAUUGUGGCUGAGCCCCAAAUCAUAUUUAAAUUAAAUCCUCGGGUGUGCGGGAGGGUUUUUCUCCCCAUUCCUCUUUACCAUGUAUUCCCCAGCAGUGCCUGUACAAGGUAGUCUGUCUCUUACGGAGCUUUUCUCAGUGCAGUGUUCGAUUCUCUCAGUCAGUUAGUGGAGGAGGCAGAAGGUUCCCAGACCACCGUACAAGUUCUCAACCUAAGGAUCAGACCAGAGCAUACAUGUUUUAACAAUACAUAACUAAUCCCAGUGAGCCUGGAAUUGGGAAGGGCCCAAGAGGGAGGCAGUCUGAUCCUGCUUCGGAUCCUGGCCCAUACUAAAGCAUCUGCUGUUGGGAGUGGCCCAAAUCACUGGCUCUUUCCAGCCCUUUACAAUUGAAAGCAUCAUGGUGAGGGGGUAGAUCUGCUCUGUAAGGAACAGAAGGGGAUCAGCUUCAGCUUUGUCAUCUGUAGAAUGGGAAACUCUUGAAGAGUUUGAAAAACACACACAACCUUGGUGUAUUUUUAUUUAAAAUUUGUACACUUUGUAUAAUCUGUAUCUUGUGUUAUUUGGUACUAGAGGGAAAACUUUGGCAAGACUUCGCAGUUUUUAUAUUUUUGUUAUUUCCUUGCUGUUUGAUCCAGAUUACAAUUAUACAAAAACUUUUUUGUACUGUACUUACAAUAUAAUUUUUUCUAACAUUUGGA